AUGUGUCUGAGAGUGGAGGAGUGGUACUACUGCUACAGUCAAUCUUGCCCUGGGUGCGGAUCAAAGGGGUGCAACUCUCGAGGGUGGACGGCAGCCAUCAACAUUCGACUGGAACUUGCACUUCCAACCACUCCACAUACAAUCUCGCCAUCAAACUUCACUCGGUUGGUCUCUCCUCUUCACGCUUUAGGCCAGGAUGGGUGUGCAGGCUUACCGAAACCUUUGCUCUCCAAUACUAUAGGAUUAUGGACGCUCAUCUCACCCGUCGCCCGUCCAGUCAAUCUCGAGACGAUGGGCAGCAAGAAAUUGGCCAUAGAUUCAUCCAUCUGGCUCUAUCAGUUUCAAAAAGCGAUGAGGGAUCGCGAAGGAAAAGGGAUCGUGAAUGCUCAUAUCUUAGGUUUCCUGCGAAGGAUUUCGAAACUGUUGUACUAUGGUAUCAAACCUGUAUUUGUAUUCGAUGGCGGUGUCCCAACACUCAAAAAACAAACCAUUAACGAAAGGAAGAAACGGAAACGAGGCGUGCAGGAGAAUCUGGCAAAGACGGCGGAGAAGUUACUCGCAGCCCAACUUAGACAAGCAGCCGUAAUAGAAGCCCAAAAGCGUUCGCAAGUUAAAGCAACAGGUGAACUGAUCACACCAGAUGCUGUAUACUUCGACCAUCCGAUUGCCCAAGACUUUUCCGAAAAGAAUGCCGCUCGGAAGAAACGCCAGUCGGAUCCCAUGGACCCAACUACCACAACCAGCACUACCACUACCACACCAAUUCCUUCACCUACAAAAAAGUCAAGAUUUGUUCCUAAGGAUCAGUACCAACUUCCACCCAUUGAAAAGGUGCCUUCGGUUACCGAGAACGACUCAGAUCAUCGAUUGGCAACUGAGAUGGAAUUAAAGCAAUUCAUCCACGAGUUCACUCCUGAAGAUUUGGAUAUCAACUCGCCUCAUUUCCAGUCUCUAUCGACUGAAUUGAAGUAUGAAAUCAUCGGCGAUCUCCGCAUCAAGUCUCGUCAGCCCAAUAGAACGAGGGUGGAGGCGAUGCGCAAGACGAAUGAUCAUGAAUUCAGCCAAACACAGAUCUUGAACCUCAAGAAACGUAACGAUCUUACUCAGAAGCUUUUAACUGUUACUGAUAUGGUCGCCAAGGCCAACCUGACCAUUCCCAUCAAAAUCGCUGCUCAAAGAAACAAGGAAUACGUCCUCGUCAAAGCCUCAGAGGGUUGGAUCUUAGGGAUUGAAAAUGAUGAUCAGAAGGACACUGGGAGUGCUACGAACCCAGUGAAGGUCGACGCAGAAUCCGAGGACGAGGAUGUAGAGUUCGAGGAAGUUAAAAUGGACACUCCGAAGCGAGAUAAGCAAUUGUCAAAGGAUUCAGACGAUGAACUUGAAUUCGAAGAAGUCCCUCUACCAGCUGCGCCUAGCAAGCCUAAGCCAACCCGAGAGCAGCAAGAAGCUGACUGGAGGGAGGCCAUCCGCUUUCAUUAUGGGACGAGGGACCCCGAUUCAGCAGUCGAGGUGGAGGAGACCUCCGCCCCCAAGUCUAAGGAUGAAGUCGAGCUAUUUCGACAAUCAGAUGAGGAGGAUGAAGUGAUGAGAGACAUCAUAUCUGAAUUGGUGGCCCAUGACACUUCUAACCAGUCUGGCCCUAAUCGCGACUUGGGCGAGGGAUCGAGUAAGGGAACUAGAACGAUGACUCCGCAGAAUAAACCAACAGAGACACCAAAGCAACAGUUCAAUACACUUGCUAGUACUACUUCGCCUACAAAGUCUCAACCACACGUCGCUUCUAAGGAGAUGAUCAAUAGCAUCUUGGAAUCGGUUGAAUUAGAAGAGGACGACAAUUUCCUGAUACCUUCAACCAUUCCGCCCCUGCCAGAAACUCAAACAGCCUCACAAGCUAAUCCAACUCAAACUGUUACCUCCAAUCCAGAAGAAUCGCCGAUCUUGUCGACCGAAAAAGCUGACCGGCAAAAUAAGCAAAUCAGUCAAGAAUCAGAUCUCCGAUCUAACGAAACCGUCACAAUGCCUGACGAUGAUACACCUCAAGUCACAAUUCCAUCUAUUGCUAAUACGUCAACACUCGGUGAGGCGGCAAGCGAAGCUCCUAAGCGCGAUCAAGAUGAGCCGCCUUCCUUGGAUUCCAGCGAGAACCGAACGAAAUCUUGUCCUAGCACAGUCCUGGAAAGGAAAGAUAAUUUGCCACCAGAGGAGCUCCCGAAAAGCACUGACACAUCUUCUAAUGACCCAAGCAAGCCGUCGAAUUUGUCACCGUCACCAUCGUCAUUGCCAGAAGGACAGACUCUUCCUUCUACAUCUAUUGGUCAUGUUCCAAUUAGUCAAUCCAAGCUUUCUACUUCUGAGGCAAAUUCGAAUCUUCUACCCAGUCCGACUAUUUCCACCUCCAAAGAAACCCCGAGUCAAGAUCGAGCCGUGCAUUUUGCUUCGGACACCACUGAAUUGGACAAGGCUUCUCCUGACAAGAUCGAAGAUGAUCGUUUGGUCCCACAAGGUGACAAGUCCCCUCAGCAAGGUGAGGCGAAGCGGUCAGACUUGGGAAACAAUAACGUACGCUCAGAGUCACCCGAAAUCAGCAUUCCAUGGUCUCGCACACCGACGCCCGAGCGAUCAAUCGAGAAAGAAGCUGAGGCAAUUGGCUCGGAUGAAGAAGAAUUCAAUCGAGUGAUCGAGGCGGAAGAGAAAGCAAUAGAUGCGAAUCUUGCAAUGGAGUCAAACGAAUGGGAAAGCUUUCUGUCAGGUUUGGAGGAUCAGGAGAAACUUGAGGGGAUCAGACAAGAAGCCGACUCGGAGGUCCAACGAUUGAAGGAACAAAAGGCGAAAGAUAGGAGGGAUGCGGAUGAUGUUAAUCUCCAAAUGUCUCAGGAUAUCCAAAACCUGUUGAAAUUGUUUGGGAUCCCCUUUGUCGUUUCACCCAUGGAAGCAGAGGCGCAAUGUGCGGAACUAUUGAAGUUGGGCUUAGUAGAUGGGAUCAUCACUGAUGAUUCGGAUGUCUUCUUAUUUGGAGGCCACCGAGUUUACAAGAAUUUGUUCAACCAGAACAAGUUUGUAGAAUGUUACCUGAUGAAUGAUUUGGAUCAAGAGUUAGGGCUCGAUCAACAGAAGCUCAUCCAACUAGCCUUCCUAUUGGGUUCGGAUUACACCGUCGGCUUGAACGGCGUCGGCCCAGUGACCGCCAUGGAAAUCUUGUCCGAAUUCGAUCCUGCCUUUUCGGCUGGCGUAGCCACUGCUCAUCAUAAUCCUAAUCUAUCCGGUCUCUUGAACUUUAAAAACUGGUGGGAGAAAGUUCAGGUGGGUAAGGAUACUGAACUCGAGUCUCGAACAUCCUUCAGGAAAAAAUUUCGUAAAAAAAAGGAUAAAAUUUGGAUUGACGAUCAUUGGCCCAACCCCGCUGUGGCCGAGGCUUAUCUUCAUCCAACGGUUGAUCAUUCGACUGAGAAGUUUGUUUGGGGAUUACCUGAUCUAGAUGGAAUUCGAGAGUUUUUGUACGAUCAUCUGAGCUGGUCGUCCAUCAAAACCGAUGAAGUGAUUGUCCCAUUGAUUAAAAGACAAACUCAAAGGUUGAAUGGUACGGUUCAGACUCAAGGGGUCUUGGACGACUUUUUCGAUUAUUCGGUCGAGAGUAAUAAGACUAAUCGGCUUGCACCGCCUCGUAUUGACAGCGGAAUUUCAAGCCAAAGAUUACAAAAAAUAGUCCAGAACUGGCGAGAGAAAAAAAAGAAGCAGCAAGCCAACAAGAAUCAUGGAAAGGAGAAGACAACAGAGCAGCAGCAAGAAGAAGACGAAGGGUCCUUAUCGGAGGAGGUUGUUGUGCGUCCUUCUGGCAAGCGACCAAAACGAGCCAAGCCGAUCAAGCCAACAGCAGCAGAAAACCCACCACGAAAGGUCCGGAAAACUCAGCCGAAAAAAAAGAUUGCGCCGGUCGACAAACCCUCGGCCACGUCUCGACCCGCCACUCGUCAACCAGCUCGAUCCAAACAGAAAGAGCCCAGUGCUCAGGUCGUUCAAACUACCACUUAUAGGUCUAGUAAGAGAAUCAAAUCUAACCCGUCCAAAAAAUCUACAACAAAGAGCGAUGAUCAAGAGUCUGGUGAGACCGACAUCGAGCUGCUUCCCGUCCUCGGGUCGUCUUCCGGUCUGGAUGAUUCGCAGUCUGAUUUUGACUUCUCUUCCUCCUGUUCCGAUGGUGAAGAUGAAGAAUAAAGUGUUUUGAAAAGUUGUUGAAGAACC